CGAAUUAGACAUAUCGCCAGCGUCCUCACCAGGGCACCCAUGGAAGUAGCCGUGCCUACAUCUCCGGGGAUUUCACCGCUCCAACUGGAAGAUUGCAUGGAGGAGUUGUUAAAAUUCACCCUACUUUCUUCCAUACAUGGCAAAAUCCACACCGGCCUCUCAAAUGAGUACUGCGCCAACCUCCUCAGAGAGGACCCCUCCGAUCCCCUUUCCACUCGCACCGGGCCACGUUUUGUCAGAAGAUACUGGAGGAGUUCCAUCACAUCCUUUAUACAAGCACCUAGCAUCAUCGUUUUGCCAUAUUAUACAUUCUGGAGCCUUGUCUACAGCAUAUAAUGAACUUAAACCAUUGCAUGAAGACCAUUGCAUAAAGAAGGAAGAUGAAUGGAACAAGCUGUUUCUGGAAAAGGGUUCUCUUCUACAAAGUAUGCUGGAAAAAGUGAGCUUUCAGCUUCAUGUUCAGGAGCCUUUCUUUUCUCAGCUGAAUGAUGAACUCAAAACAGUUGAAGGAAGGUGUGCUUCUGGUAAUUACAAUAGUAUCCAGUCUGGACAUUUACUACUCUUCAACAAAUGCUUGAUCCUUAAAGUUCAGGAUGUACGGAAAUAUGUCUCAUUUCAUGAAAUGCUUACAGCAGAGACUCUUUCAAAAGUUCUCCCAGGAGUAGCAAGCAUUGAAGAAGGUGUGCAAAUCUACAGAAAUUUCUAUUCAGAAGAAAAGGAGAGUUCUAAUGGAGUUCUUGCUAUAUCUGUUACAAAACCAACUUCUCAGCUUUAUGUUGUUAUGGCCUCCAUACUUACAGAAUUGAGCUAUGCUGGAGUUCAAAAAUUUCUGGGCUUUGUGGAGACUACGGCCACGAACCCAAAUUUACUUCCUCCCCCGAUAUCCACUCUGAUGUCAGCAUUUUUAAUGCCACAUAAUCCUGAUGUUAAAGGUUCAGCUUUGACAAGUGGUGCCAGGGCACUAGCAAAGCAUGUCGAUAGAAGCAAUGAAAAAUACUGGGGUACCUUACAUGGAAGUGACUUAAACAAGAAUCAGCAUGCUAUAGAUUCGAUCACUGGCCUUCUAACCGACGGCUGCUGGUUGAAUAUGCACAUGGUUUCGCCACAUGGAACAGUGUUUGAAGUAAGAAACCGGGAUGGCUAUGGUGCACGGUGGUCUGCAGAUGGAUCCAAGUUCAUAGGAUUUCUUGAGCCGUACAUGUUGGACGGGCACUCAAACCGGUGGAGGCACUAGUUCACUACACCCUCAAAAUGAAUCGGCAUGCCAUUAUUUUCAAAAUCCAUUCGACCCCAUUUGCAUGCUCUGCAUAAUAGUUUUUAUUCUUCGGGUGCGGACUAGGUAAACCUAUGGUUAGCACAAUGUUGUUUGUUUUUGAACGCCAGAUUCAUGAUUUUGA